CCCCAGGUUACCGUGUUCAUGCUCGAGAGUCUCAGGUGGAGACCUGUCACUCUUGGAGGCUUUGCACAUCGCGUGACUAAGGAUAUCAUUUGGAACAACUACCUCGUUCCAGCAGGUGCAACUGUUAUUGGCAACCAUUGGGCUAUCGCAAACGAUCCUGAAGCCUUCCCGGAACCACACAGGUUCAAUCCUCAGUGUUGGAUUGACGAUGCAGGUCGUGUGCACAGUGAUCUGAGGUUUUUCACUUUUGGCUUUGGCCGUCGAGUAUGUCCUGGUCAACAUGUCGCGAAUCGAUCAGUCUUCAUCACCACGGCUCUCGUUCUGUGGGCUUUCCGCCUUUCGGAGAAUCCUGCAGCGAAGAUUGACACGCUUGCAUUCUCGGAUACUACAACCGUACAUGCUGCUCCGUUUGAGGUAUGUUUUGCGAAGCGGAUUGAUGAGAAUGUGGUCAGGGAACUA